AUGAGUGACAUAGAAGAGAAUAUGGUGUUUGAUGACAACAAUGGUGAAUCAUCUAAUGCACUUCAAUCCCAUAUGUUUGAGAUCACCGCUGGAUCUGACGUUGUUGAGAGUUUGUUCAACUAUGCUCAACGUCGAGGUCGGGGUAUUUGCAUCCUCAGUGGAAACGGAGUAGUGACACAUGUCAGUCUCCGUCAAUCCACUGGGAGAAUUUUACCCCUCCGAGGAAAAUUCCAAAUUCUAUCAAUAAUUGGGACAGUCCUUCCUCCGCCGAUGUCGAUGUCGCAGGGCGGUGAAGGACUGUCGGUUUACUUGUCCCACACUGUAGGACAAGUGGUUGGGGGAAAUGUUGUUGCACCUCUUAUGGCUUCAAGCUCAGUGAUUUUAAUGGUUGCUUGUUUUGCAGAUGCUAAAAUUGUAAGGCUACCUUUGGUGGUAUGUGAUCAAGAUGAAGAGGAACCUUCAUGCUCAACUGCUGAUUCACCACCCAAUCCUCCUCGUCUCGCUUGA